UGAACGGUUUGCUAAAUUCUAGCCACUGUUUCAGUCUCAGCUCUUCUACUCCAGAAGCUUUCUAAAUCCUCUGCAGUUCUGUUGCCACUGUUCCUAAAACUCUGAUAUCUCUGAGUCAGAGUUUUAGGCAACUGAGUCUUCUUCCUUCGCCAGGCUCUUAUUGGACGCCUGCUGUGUGCCUGGCCAGACUCCGUGUCAGGCUGGGGGGGAGGCGCUGAGCUCCCCGCACUGCUCCCUCAGCUCUGAAUCCAGGAAAGCCAACCCCAGGCAGCCCAGGCCAGGGGUGGUGUGCGCAGCACUGGAGUAUUUCUCUGCCCUCCCUCUGCGUGGCUUUUCUGAGCCUUACGGCGCCCGCCUCCGCCCCGCCGGUGCAGCGCCCGAGCCGCCGGGAACGCAGGGCCCAAAGCGGGACCCCGGCGCCGUGCCUGUCUAGUCCUGUCCGGCGUGGACCCGCAUGGAGGGGCCCGCGGAGCCCCCGACGCCUGAUCUGCGAGACGUGGAGGGCAAGGUUGGCAGGAAGACCCCCGAGGGGCUGCUCCGUGGGCUUCGAGGAGACUGGGAGCUCGGAACCUCCGGCGCCCUGCUUCUCCCGGGUGUGCACGGCCCAGGCCUAGGGGACAAGAUCGUGGCCCUGAGGCUGGAGCUGGCUUCCCUGCGAGCCAUCGAUGUGAAGAUCCUGCAGCAGCUGGUGAGCUUGAACGAGGGGAUCGAGGCCGUGCGCUGGCUGCUGGAGGAGCGGGGAGCGUUGACCAGUCACUGCAGUAGCCUCACCAGCAGCCAAUACAGCCUGACAGGCGGGAGCCCAGGCCACUCAAGGCGAGGCAGUUGGGACAGCCUGCCGGAUACCAGCUCCACUGACCGUCUGGACAGUGUCUCUAUUGGCAGCUUCUUGGACACCGUGGCCCGCAGAGAGGUGGAUGAAAAGGGGCCCCCUGGAGCUCCCUGUCCCGAGAUGGACUGGGCAAAGGUUAUUCCUGGAGAAGAGAGGGCCAGGACUGGUGUGGAUCUGAUGAACACUAGGCUAGGGAGCUGGAGGGCUUUGUGGAAGCCUCCAGGAGAGGGGGUGCAAGGUGGACCCCCUGGCCCCCCAGAGGAUGAGAAUGCCACCUUGGGCUUUGAGGAUCACUGGUACUGGGAACAAAGCCAGGAUGAUGUGACUUUUUUGUAACAAUUUUUGCAUCCUUUUGUGUUCCUAUGGCACUUUCAUCCUUGGUCCUGGUCUCCCUCAAAAUGUGUUGUCCCUCAAAUCUAAGACUAGGAAUAGGCUCAUGGUAACUGAGAUCAGUUACCAUGGAAACCUAGCUUGCCAUUCCUCUGGUCCCUUGAGAGGCUCUGUCUUUAUCCCUCAAUUAUCCAGUCCCUAGAGCUAUCUCCAUAGAGAUGGUGACUCUAGAUUCUCGGCUUGUGGCUCCUUGUGUGAGGGUAUCUCCAUCUUCCUCCCCUCACUAUGUAAGGAUUGAGGAAUCACAGGUCACUGAUGAAGUGGUAGGGGUGUAAUUACCUCAACCAAAGACCAGGAGCUUUGUCUUUUCUUGGCCAAAACUGAGGGUUAAGGAGGGACAUGGAAUUCAGGGCCAAUCCUUCAUAGAUUUGUCCUCCCAGAAGCCUUUGGAGUUGGUGGACCCAUUCCUUCCUAUAUACUGAGUGAUGUCAUUUCCUGCUGGGAUGGACCAGCCAGCUGGGAUGAUACAUGAUGGAGAUGUCUGAGUCCCUGCUGCUAAGCAAGACCAAUCACUUAAUGUCCAUACCAUUACUUUUGAAUGGAAACACAUCACCCCUCCCAACAGGAAAAUUUCUCAUUGAAAGAUAUGUGUGCUGCUUUUCAGAUAGGCUGUUUUCAUUUCAUCCUGGGUGUCUCUCUUCCUCCAUGUCUGCAUCCCUCUUGGGUACCAAUACUCUUAUCUGUGUUGUUCUUUUAUGGAGAGAAAUUGUCAGAGGUCUCCACCUACAGGCUCUCAUCUGCUUCCUCACUCUGCCAUAGAGCCCUGUCUUACCCUGUUCCUGGCCAGCCUCAUUUCUGUGUUAUGACUUCAUGCCUCCUGGUAGGAAGAUUCUGUUUCUGUACUUCCGUAACUUCUCAGUUUCCUCUUCACUUUCAGCCCUUUUAUAUGCAAAUGAGUCUUGGUCUCACCCUUUGCAGAUGGGAGAUAGAGAAGGAGAAAUUUGAAGUCCGGGAACUCUGAAAUAAUUCUAGGAUCUUGAACACUGGGGGAGGGGGGGGUGUUGUCUUCUCUGAGUCUGUGAUUACCCUUCCCCCACCUUGUUCAGCCAGCUACCAUUUGGUCACAAGGACGCCUGCCUGCAGCUAGGAUACAAGGAAUCUCCUUGUCUGGACUACAAUGUGGGGGUGUGGCAGGAAAGACAGAGGCUCUUUGGUCCCUGGGCCCCAUCCAGGGGGUGAGCAAAGGCAGGUCCUCCCUUCCUCUCACAGCUAGCCCGUGAUUCCUGGGACCUAAAAAGGGAGCAGGGACCACCUCUGGGCUAUGUCCCAAGGUCCUAGCUGAUUAUCCAAAGAAAGAAUUCAGGGAAACUGGGACUCAGGGAGGAGACAGGCCUAGAGAGUAGGCACUGGCGCUGGCUGAUAUCAGAAUGAAUUCUUGGAAAUUAACUCUCUAAACCUCAGGUAACAAUCCCUGUCUUUGUUGGCUUCUGUCUUUCCUGAGCCCUGGAUUACUAGAAAGAAAAAUGGGAGGAAUAAGGAUGAUCUUUGGUUGGUUAGUUUGUUGUACUGAGUUGGAAGAGUCUUCCCCAAAUCCUGGAAUAAUUCCACCAUUUCUUUACUUUGUAUUUUAUGUUGUGGGAGAGAGGAAGCCAGAUUGAUCACCUCCACUUCUCUAAUAUUACUUCCUCAGUGCUAUAUUGCACCUCCAGCCCAGUCCUUCUGGAGCAAUACAUUCCUUCCUCUGCUCUUCCAUAAAGAAUCCUUUGCCUCUUGUGCUCUGCUCAGUCUUUUAAAUUUUCAAAGUAUCCUCUCUGCUUUACUGUCUACCAUCCUUGUCCUUACCGCUUCUCAUGGUCCUGUGGCGCUUGACUUCCCCUCAGACUAGGAUCUCAAAUAUUGUACGUAUUGCAAUCUCUACACUGUACUGGUUUUGUAGUGUGCCCUUGAGUAACUGCCCUUCCUCUUGGAAGCCAUUGUAUUUCUUUCCAAGGCAUCUAGUCCACCAAUUUCUGGACUGAAGAGGUUGCCCGCCCCCUUGUGACCAUUUUGCAACAUUGCUGUGAUUGCUAAGAAGAACCUCCAUGCUCAAAUAAAAUACAGUUUAGCCUUUCAGAAGACCGGUGGAGGUCACCCAUGCACAGACAGUCUAUUGUCACCCAUUGUAAAACGGCAGCAAAGCCCAGAUUGCUUGCCUGCUCACCCACAGCUCUGUCACUUGGCCACAUUUUCCAGUCCAUGUCCCCAACCCAAAGACACUGGACACACUUUUCCCCAUUACAUUUGGCCUAUAAUUUUCCACCUUUAAAUGACAGCCCAGUGUUAGAGAAGGAGCAACAGGCUCUGAGGACGCGGGGCCUGAUAGGGUGAGAGGGGCACCAGUCUGCAUGUCAGAUAGGAGGAAGAUCAAUACAGGGCCAAUCAUUUUUUUCUGGAAGGAAAAGUAGGUUCCAACGUCAAAGGAACAAAACUCAGUGUCUCAGACCUGGAGAAUGGAAACAGGGUGAAAAUAGGAAAACCAAAUAGGUCCUGUAGAGUAGGGGGUGCACUACAGGUCAGGAGUCACAGGUCAGGUGGGUAGGCCUUUGAGAGUAUGGGGCUGGAGAGCUGCCCAAGCAAGGCUUCUGGAGAUUCUGGGUAGGUUGAGGCAGUCUGCCUUCAUACCUUUGACUCUAGCUCCCUACCAGAGAAGCCUAGGAACCUGCUUCUAGGUUCUAGAAGCCUAGGAACCAAAGCAGCCUGGGUCCCUGCUCCCUGCCUGUGGACCGACUAGUUGAGACUCAGCUGUCACUUUAGGUUUGACUAUUCUGGGGUACCGGUAGGAGCUGUUAGGUAGCUAGAGAAGAAAGAAGGAAAAGGGUCUGAGACGGAGACACAAGAAAGACAGAUGGAGGGGCUGGGGAUUUAGCUCAGCGGCUUAAGCGCCUGCCUUACAAGUAGGCAGUUGUGAGUUCGAUCCCUGGUACCGAUAAAAAGGAAAAAGACCAAAAAAAAAAAAAAAGAAAGACAGAUGAAGACUGGGUGCUGAAAGUACCAGGAGCUACUGCUCUCCAGGUGUGUGGGGGCUUUUGUUAAGAGUCAGGGUGAAGGCAGAGACGAGGUUGAGCACAAUAGCUGGGACAAACCCUUUGGAGGAUGCAUGGUCCACCCCAGGCAUGUGAGAACAGGUGAGGGCAGGGCGGUGGCCCUGUAAUUGGGACACCUGGGCACUCUGUGGUUUCAGUGAGAAACACUGGGAUUAUAAUGGACACAAGGCCAUCCUGUACAUGGCAUCAGCCACAUACUGGGCAUUAGGUUACAGCUGUUCCAUACAUGUGCAGAAAACCACAAAGAAAUGUGACAUAACAGGAAAUGAGAUUGGUGCUUUUGGUGCUUAUACCCUGGGUAAUUUAAAACGCUAUAUUUAAUUUUCUUUCUUUCUUUCUUUUUCUUUUUUUUUUUUUUUUUUUUUGUCUUUUUCCUUUUUAUUGAUACUGGGGAUCGAACUCACGACUGCCUGCUUACAAGGCAGGUUGCUUAUGCCGCUGAGCUAAAUCCCCAGCCCCUAAUUUUUAGCAACCCUAUAUAUUGUACAUUGUUUACUGUGUUGUUGCUUAGAAAAUUUGCUCAAGGUCAGAUAACAGAUGAGUCACAUAUAGGAUCCUCAUUUAGCAGUGUGAUUUGCAGGGACUUCUAGGAAGUCAUCCCUGAUUCUUCACCACACCCUUCACACUCCCGCCUUCCUUAUUCACUUAAAGACAGUAAAUUAGUGCUGCAUGGGAGCAGAGGCAGCCUGGUAAUUUCUUAUUGCUAGUGUAACAAGUUAUCACAAACCUAGCAGCUUGAAAAACACAUGUAUUACAGCUCUGGAGGUUGGAAAAACGGGCUUUCCUGGGCUGAAGUGGAAGUGCUCAUUGUGCCCCUUGAAGAAUGUAGGGAGGACCUACUCUUUCUGCCUUCUAGAGGCUGCAUGCUUUCCUUGUUUCAGGCCUCCCUCAUCUCCACCUCCAACCCUACACACACCCCGGGAACUGGACUCUGCUCACCCCGCCCUCCCUUUUAUAAAUGUUUUUGAGAUAGGUUCUCACUAAAUCACUAAAUUGCUCAGGCCAGCCUUGAAUUUAGAAUCCUCAUGCUUCAGCCUCCCAGGGCACUAUGAUUAUGGGUGUGUGUCCCCACACUCUGAAGCCUUCAUGCAUUUUCAAGGUUGGCUGUGUGUUAUUUUUUCAUCUAUCAGAGUUCCGAUUUCAUCCCUACAUUCUUCUCCCUAAUUCUGCUGCCCCCCUCCUCAAAGGAUUAUGUUGUGAAUUUAUGCCCAUCCUGCAACCUUGUGAUUACACUGAGCCCCCUGGGAUAAUCCAGGAUCAUCCUACCAUCUCAAAACCUAUUUUUAACCACAUUUUAAAGUCCUUUUUUGCCACUUAAAAUAUAUAUUCAUAGGUCCUGGACACAAGGCAGUGUGCGUCAUUGGGAAGAAUCCAGCCAGCCACAGACAAGGGUGUAUGAUGGGCAGGAAGAUCCGCACUGGCCCGGAAAACCGCCUGUGCUUGGUCUGUCUCUCAGCCUGCAGUGAGGGGUGAGGCUGCAGGGAGAAUAGCAAGUGGCUCCUGCACCAUCGACAUCCGUCACGGCUGAGGAACCUUUGUAGGCCUUUGCCCCUCUGGUGACUGAGAAGGAUGGCUCCUCAGCCCUGUCUGCUCUCCAGAGUCAUUCUGUGUCGCUUUGCAGGCAGGAGAUAGUUACACUCCCGGUUAAGUAGCCGGGCACUCUAGAUUAGGUGUGUUAGUUGUCUCUUUAAAUUGUUUUUGCUUCUGAAUAGUUUCAUUUUGUUUGGGGGGUUUAGUUUGUUCUUGUGUUCAGGAUUGAGGCCAGGGGCUAGUAAAACCACACCCCCUCCAUACAUGGUGAAUUCUUACUUUCACGUGCUACUAGACACUUUUCUUGUUUUCUUGCCUUCUUUUGGUCCCUGAUACCUAUUCUCAUAUCUCUCCCUAUCAUAUGUGUCAGCACUAUUGUUUGAAUAUGUACAUAAUCUUUAUAUGUAAUUAUGUACUUCUAUAUAAAUGGUAUGCUUUGACUGUAAAUGGUCUUCUAUAAUGAAUUGCUCCCUUAUUUCAGUAUUUAACCCAAUAAAGAUUUAUUUUCACUUAAUUCUACAUAGUACAGGUGCUCCUAGACCAAAGCCCUCCCCUGCCAUCUUGGUCAUGUUCCAGGCGCCUUCUGUUUCCAGGUGUCGACCGUCCAGUCCCUGCCUCCUGAAGUUCCCUACUGCUUCUGCACCACGCCAUUCCACUGUCUUCGGAUGAUUUUAUCAGUUGGUUACUACACUAGGAAUCAUGAAACUGUGACUUUCUAAUAGUACCUUUUCAUUGUUAGGUCUUAAUUCUAUGCAAAAAAAUUUUUUUCACUUCCUCUAGGAUCAUUUGGUUACCCUAAAAUAAAGUUGAUACCAAAAAUGUUUAAA